GACGAAACCGGCAGCCAACUGCAUGCGUCACAGUCUACCGCUGGGUUCCGACCCGCAGCAGUAGCUGAUCGCAUCCGCGGUGACUGCCUCUGCUUUGCUCUCUACUGUCUGGGCGCGCUCGUCACCGAUGUUCUACCCAGUCUGGCCUAUGUUAAGACCGCAGACAGGCUGUUUUCCAAGCCGUUGCCCUCUCCGGAGGCCCUCGCUCGCAUGCGUUGUCUCCUCCGUUGUCUUGACCCACAGCAGCAGCAGCAGUCCAGCAAAUUUCCACCCGUCAAUCUAGACCGCACAACUAGUUGCAUACUCGGCAACCAGGACGAUGAUGAUGACGAUGAUACCGGCUGUGGUGGCGGUGAUGCUCUCAUCUCCUUCAUGGCUGAGGCUGCCAAAAAUGGCGGCACAGAUGGUCUUCUGACGCCAAGCGUCGGGGAAUUGCUUGCCCUCCUCAAGUGGCUCAUGUCAAUGAAUCCUGCGGACUUUUUCCACACAUCUGCCGCCUUCAUCCACUGCCGUUUUGUCUUCUGUCUGGCGCACUUUAUGAAACUUGUUGUCAGUGGUUCCCCCGUUGCGGAGAACUCAACAUGCCACAAACUAUUCAUGCUCAUCUGCCCAAAAACCCAUUAA